AGAUAAUUUAAAUGGAUGGAGAGACUCCGCCUAAACGAUUAUCGUUGGCUCUGCGCCAUAACAAGAGUGAAUGCUUUAGUGUGCUUCCAAUCUGAGAACCAACCACCCCUACGUCCUGUGUAACCCCCUUAGUAGAAGAUGAGUUUGAUUUUCUCAGCUUUGACUCCUUAACAUUUGAAGAACAUAAAGGCCUAACGGGUUGCCACAAGGAAAUUUAUGUGGAUGAACUUUUAAAGAGACCUAUUCCAAACUCAUUGGUUUCUCAAAAGAGUCCUUCUAUAAACUUUUCUUUCUCCAAUGAGUCAAGUGACAGCUAUGAAAAAGGGAAAUCUACAUUUCCCAAGAUCAAAAUGGUUAAGAGAAAAGUUACCAAAAAGGAUUACAAAAUUGGGCCCAAGGACAAACCAUUGAACCUUAAGAACUUGAAGCGGAUUGUCUUUGCAGAGAAGCUGAAGGAAUCUCCCUUCAGAUGUCCUUGCCAGAAAAUUGAAGGCCAAUUCUGCUGUUUUAAUGCUCAAGAAUGGAUCAAUAAUCUUAAUGCUAUUAUUAUCAAGAAAGACUCAUUCGGGUUAGAAAUAGGCAUAAUGAACAAAAUAAAUAUUGAGAAAUACUUAGAGCAGAAAGAAGUUUAUGAAUCAAUCCUGAAAAGUUCUCAUGAUAGGAGUGAUUCAUCCAGCAGCUCUGGAGAUUCUUUCUUUGGAGAUCUCUCAAAGAAGAAAGAAAGUGUAAAGACACAAAUUUUGAAAGAUAUACCAAGGACAUUCUCCAAUCUUGACAUAUUCGGUUAUGCUUCUGCACUUCAAAAGUUGUACAGGAUUCUAUAUUCAUGUUUUAUUUAUGACCAUCAACUCGGAUAUACACAGGGGAUGAAUAUGGUAGCUGGAGCUCUUCUAAUGCACACAGAAGAGAGCAUUGCAUUCUGGCUAUUCAUUACCCUUCUUGAAGAUUAUGAUGUCAGAGAUGUAUUUACAAACACCCAUGAAAGCUUAAAGAAGCAUUGUGUAUGAAUAGAGAAAUUAUUACAACACUAUCACCCUGUCCUUGCUAAUCAUAUGAAGCAGAAUGAUAUUAGAGCAGAAAUGUUUGCAUCUGGGUGGGUACUAUCCCUGUUCUGAUGAGUAAUUCCUGCUCCUUUUCUGCAUUCUUUCUUGACAAGGUUCUUCAAAAAGAAAUGGAGUGCUUUCUACAGCGUCUGACUAUCAAUCCUGGCUUACCUCGAACCCUCAAUAAUGAAAAUAAACGAUCUUCCUGACUUCUUUGAAAUUUACAGGGAGCUUAAACUUGACCAAGAUUUUAUCAAAUAUGAGGAAAAACAAUACGUCGAUAACGAGCAUGUAAUGGACUCCCUAAUCAAAUGGAGAAGGAUCUUGAAAAAUAGCGAAACCAACUAUAGAGGUAUUAGCUCCCAGCUCAAGAAGUUACGAGUGUAAGUUACAUUUUUCAAUUCAAUAUCGUUAAA